CUUCUUCACUUGUCAGCUCUCAACGUUUCUCACCUGAAAUUUCACUUCUGCUUCGUCUUCUCGAGCCGGAUCUCUAAUUUGGAAUUCUUAUGUGAUGGUGUAAUUUAAGUUAAGAUGACGUCUUCUUCGCAUAAUAUUGAGUUGGAAGCAGCUAAGUUUCUGCAUAAACUUAUUCAAGAUUCUAAAGAUGAACCUGCAAAGCUAGCAACUAAACUUUAUGUGAUAUUGCAGCACAUGAAAACCAGUGGAAAGGAAAACACAAUGCCCUAUCAAGUCAUAUCUAGGGCCAUGGACACUGUAGUCAAUCAACACGGUCUUGACAUUGAAGCUUUGAAGUCCUCGUGUCUUCCUCAUCCUGGUGGUACCCAAACGGAAGAUUCUGGGUCUGCACAUUUGGCUGGGUCUUCCCAAGCGGUUGGAGUUAGCAAUGAGGGUAAAGCAACUCUAGUUGAAAAUGAGAUGACAAAAUACGAUGCAUUCACUUCUGGUAGGCAGCUUGGUGGAUCAAACAGUGCGUCACAAACCUUUUACCAAGGGUCUGGAACUCAAAGUAACAGAUCAUUUGAUCGUGAGAGUCCAUCCAACUUGGAUUCUACGUCUGGAAUUUCUCAACCUCACAAUCGUAGUGAGACAAUGAAUCAAAGAGAUGUCAAGUCGAGUGGAAAGAGAAAGAGAGGUGAAUCAUCACUUUCAUGGGACCAGAAUAUGGAUAACUCUCAAAUAUUUGAUAGCCACAAGAUUGAUGAUCAAACUGGAGAAGUAAGCAAAAUAGAAAUGCCCGGUAAUUCAGGUGACAUUAGGAAUUUGCAUGUUGGGUUGUCCUCAGAUGCAUUCACGACUCCACAGUGUGGCUGGCAGAGCAGUGAAGCCACAGCAAUCAGGCCUGCAAUUCAUAAAGAACCUGGAAAUAAUGUUGCAGGAGAGGGAUUCCUGCCUUCAGGUUCACCUUUUAGAGAGCAACAACUGAAGCAGCUCAGAGCCCAGUGCCUUGUGUUUCUAGCUCUUAGAAAUGGUUUGGUACCGAAGAAACUUCACGUAGAGAUUGCCCUUCGAAAUACUUUCCGCGAAGAAGAUGGUUUCCGCGGAGAAUUGUUUGAUCCGAAAGGGAGAACACAUACGUCCAGUGAUCUGGGUGGCAUUCCUGACGUCUCUGCACUGUUGUCAAGAACAGACAAUCCCACUGGAAGAUUGGAUGAAAUGGACUUCUCAUCCAAAGAAACUGAGAGAUCAAGACUAGGGGAAAAAAGUUUCGCAAAUACUGUAUUUUCUGACGGGCAAAAGCUUCUAGCAUCUAGAAUUCCCAGCUCUCAAGCACAAACUCAGGUUGCUGUUAGUCAUUCUCAACUAACGUUUUCUCCUGGUUUGACCAAAAACACACCAUCAGAGAUGGUGGGGUGGACUGGAGUAAUCAAAACUAAUGACCUCUCAACUUCUGCUGUUCAACUCGACGAAUUUCAUUCUUCUGAUGAAGAGGAAGGUAAUUUGCAACCGUCGCCUAAGUACACCAUGUCACAGAAAUGGAUUAUGGGUCGACAGAAUAAGAGACUAUUGGUUGAUCGUAGUUGGUCCCUUAAACAGCAGAAAGCCGACCAGGCAAUUGGUUCACGGUUCAAUGAGUUGAAGGAAUCUGUGAGUUUGUCUGAUGAUAUAUCUGCAAAGACCAAGAGUGUAAUAGAACUGAAAAAGCUUCAGCUGUUAAAUCUACAACGGCGAUUGAGGAGUGAGUUCGUUUACAACUUCUUCAAACCUAUUGCAACUGAUGUUGAGCAUCUAAAGUCAUAUAAGAAACAUAAGCAUGGCCGGAGAAUUAAGCAGCUUGAAAAGUAUGAGCAGAAGAUGAAGGAAGAGAGACAACGAAGAAUUCGGGAGAGACAGAAGGAGUUCUUUGGAGGGUUAGAAGUUCACAAGGAAAAACUAGAGGAUUUGUUUAAAGUUAGGAGAGAAAGGUUGAAGGGUUUCAAUAGAUAUGCAAAGGAGUUCCACAAAAGAAAGGAACGACUUCACCGUGAGAAGAUUGACAAAAUUCAACGUGAGAAGAUUAAUUUGUUAAAGAUAAAUGAUGUGGAGGGUUAUCUCCGAAUGGUGCAGGAUGCCAAGUCAGAUCGAGUAAAGCAACUACUCAAAGAGACUGAAAAGUACCUUCAGAAACUUGGAUCCAAGUUAAAAGAGGCUAAAUUGUUGACCAGUCGAUUUGAGAAUGAGGCAGAUGAAACGCGUACGUCAAAUGCUACCGACGAUGAAACUUUGAUUGAAAAUGAAGAUGAGAGCGACCAAGCAAAGCAUUACCUGGAAAGCAACGAAAAAUACUACUUGAUGGCUCACAGUAUAAAAGAAAAUAUUAACGAGCAGCCAUCGUCCCUAGUGGGUGGAAAGUUAAGAGAGUACCAAAUGAACGGCUUAAGGUGGCUAGUUUCACUGUACAACAAUCACUUAAAUGGCAUUUUAGCUGAUGAGAUGGGUCUCGGGAAAACUGUUCAGGUUAUUUCUUUGAUUUGCUAUCUGAUGGAGACAAAAAAUGAUAGAGGUCCCUUCUUGGUUGUUGUCCCAUCUUCGGUUCUGCCUGGUUGGCAGUCAGAAAUUAACUUCUGGGCCCCAUCAAUUCAUAAAAUUGUUUACUGUGGGACUCCUGACGAAAGGCGCAAACUAUUCAAGGAGCAAAUUGUUCAUCAGAAGUUCAAUGUCCUUCUGACGACAUAUGAGUAUCUAAUGAACAAGCAUGAUAGGCCUAAAUUAAGCAAGAUUCACUGGCACUAUAUUAUUAUUGACGAAGGACAUCGCAUAAAGAAUGCAUCCUGCAAGUUAAAUGCAGACCUGAAACAUUAUGUUAGCUCCCACCGACUUCUGUUAACUGGGACCCCAUUGCAGAACAACCUAGAAGAAUUGUGGGCACUGCUUAAUUUCCUGCUGCCUAAUAUAUUCAACUCGUCAGAAGACUUUUCACAGUGGUUCAACAAACCAUUCCAAAGUAAUGGAGAAAGUUCUGCCGAGGAGGCAUUGCUAUCAGAAGAGGAGAAUCUACUGAUCAUCAAUCGACUUCACCAAGUUCUUCGACCAUUUGUUCUGCGUCGGCUGAAACAUAAGGUUGAAAAUGAGCUUCCCGAAAAGAUAGAGAGAUUGAUACGCUGUGAGGCUUCUGCUUAUCAGAAGCUGUUGAUGAAGAGGGUUGAGGAUAAUUUGGGUUCGAUUGGAAAUGCGAAGUCUCGUGCAGUGCACAACUCAGUAAUGGAGCUUCGGAAUAUUUGCAAUCAUCCAUAUCUUAGCCAACUGCAUUCAGAGGAGGUCAAUAACAUAAUUCCUAAGCAUUUCCUGCCUCCAAUUGUAAGACUGUGUGGAAAGCUUGAGAUGUUGGAUCGGAUGUUGCCUAAACUCAAAGCAACAGACCAUCGGGUUCUUUUCUUUUCCACAAUGACAAGGCUUCUUGAUGUAAUGGAGGAUUACCUCACCUUAAAGGGGUACAAAUACCUUAGGCUGGACGGGCAGACAUCUGGGGGUGAUCGUGGUGCUCUUAUUGAUGGUUUCAACAAGUCGGGUUCCCCAUUUUUCAUAUUUCUGUUGAGCAUUCGGGCUGGUGGAGUAGGAGUUAAUCUUCAAGCUGCUGAUACUGUGAUACUAUUCGACACUGACUGGAAUCCUCAGGUUGAUCUGCAAGCUCAAGCUAGGGCUCACAGGAUUGGCCAGAAAAAAGAUGUGCUUGUUCUUCGUUUUGAAACGGUGAAUUCUGUUGAGGAGCAAGUCAGAGCUUCAGCUGAGCACAAACUUGGAGUUGCUAACCAGAGUAUAACCGCUGGCUUUUUUGACAAUAACACGAGUGCUGAAGAUCGUAAGGAAUAUUUGGAAUCCCUUUUGCGUGAAUCAAAGAAAGAGGAGGAUGCUCCAGUAUUGGACGAUGAUGCCUUAAAUGAUCUUAUAGCUCGAAGGGAGUCAGAGAUUGAUAUCUUUGAGUCCAUCGACAAACAAAGGAAAGAAAAUGAGAUGGAAACAUGGAAUACCUUGGUACAUGGGCCAGGGUCAGAUAGUUUUGCCCACAUACCAUCUAUACCCUCUCGGCUUGUUACUGAAGAUGAUUUAAAACUACUAUAUGAAACAAUGAAACUAAAUGAUGUCCCCAUGGUUGCAAAAGAAUCAACUGUUGGCAUGAAGCGGAAGGAUGGUUCGAUGGGAGGCCUAGAUACUCACCAAUAUGGAAGAGGGAAACGAGCAAGAGAGGUUCGAUCUUAUGAAGAGAAAUUAACUGAGGAGGAGUUUGAGAAGCUGUGUCAGACUGAGUCACCUGAUUCACCCCAAGGCAAGGGCGAAGGAAGUGAAAGGAGCUUGGCGAAUGAUACAUCAAAUAUUCCGGUUGAAAAUUCUAGUGACACACUACUCCCUACAUCUCCGACACAGGCAAUUACUGUACAACCAAUGGAACCUGUAAGGCCACAGUCACAUACACUGAAAGAAGAAACACAACCUAUAAAACGUGGUCGUGGUAGGCCAAAGAGAACUGAUAAAGCCUUGACUCCGGUAUCAUUAUCAGCUGUAAGCAGGACACAGGCGACAGGGAAUGCUAUAUCAUCGGCAGCAACUGGUCUUGAUUUUGUUAGUUCAGAUAAAAGGCUAGAAGCCGCUUCUCAUCCUACUUCGUCUCUUGCCCUGACUUCGCCUGAUUUAUCUGGUCCUCCUGGUUUUCAAUCAUUGCCAGCAUCUCCUGCUCCUACGCCAAUAAGAGGCCGAGGUAGGGGAAGAAGCAGGGGGCGUGGAGCAGGAAGGGGAAGAAGAGUUGAAGGUGUAUUGCAUGGUUCCAACAGUUCUAUUACUCAGAGAACUGAAACCGCUACAUCUCUUGCAAGUGAUGCAGAAGCCACAAAAUUUGCUCUUCCUCGUUCUGCAUCUGAGAUUGUUUCAAGAGUCCCUAAAGCUAAUGAAGGAAGUACUUCGAAUCCUGACCAAGUAUCUCCCGUGCAUUCUGCCACUACUGCACUCCGAUCAGACAAAGCAGCAGAUAAGGACCUAGAUGCACCACCUGGUUUUGAUUCGGGAUCCCAUGUUCAGACGCUAAAUGUACUUGAAAAUUCAUCGGAAAGAAAAGCAUUUGCUGUAAAGAAGAGGCCUUUGAUCCAAGGUGUGAGCUCCCAGCAUCCAGGGCCUAAUAAACAGCCACUUGACUUGCCAGUCUCCACUAGCUCCACUUUGUUGGGUGGUGGCCCAGUGCAAAAUCAGAAUGCCGUCUCUUCUGUUUGUGAUGGAUCCAAAAGUCCUUCUGAGGGUCGAACAUAUACAGCUUUGCAAGGUGUGACAACUGCACCUUCUGAUGCUACUCUGCCAAUGAGUUCUCAACCUUCUGAUGCUACUCUGCCAAUGAGUUCUCAACCUGUCGGUUCUACGGUUGAAGCUCAAGAAGCCAAUGUUCCUUCUCUUCCAGCAGCCUUGCCUGCUAAGAGGCGAGUCCGCAAUUUGCCAAGCAGAGGAGAAACUCCUAAACGCCAAGGAAAGAGGCGUGGCCAACCUUUACCUGCAACCGAUGCCUCUUCUGCAAGGAGUACAGGAUUAACACCACAAAUAGAGGUCAAGGUUGGUAAUUUAUCAGGCACCAAAGCUAAGUUUGAUGCUGUUGCCAAAGAACAACCCCACUUCAGCCAGUCAGUUGCACCCGAUAUUCACUCUUCUGGUAGUUUGAGUCAGGAAAUUAGAAGAGACACCUCUGGUACUGGUGGUUCUGCUAGGAAACAAACUGCUGAUGUAACUGAUGUUGCUCGAGUCAUGAAAGAGAUCUUUUCAGAGACUUCCCUAUUAAAACAUAAAGUUGGAGAGCCUUCUGCAACAACGAGAACAAAUGUGCCUGACGCACAAUCCCCUGGUGAGAUGAAUUUGCACACAGUUGAGACCCACAAGGCAGAGGAUUCUUCUGGUCUUAAGAAUCAAGAAGCUUUAUAUAACCUGAGCAAGGCAGAUAAACUGGUAUCAGAUAUUCCUCAUCCUGUUCCUGGUGAUCUGACAACUUCAGGAUCAGUUGCAAACAAAGAUGUUGACAUUGGGUCGUCUAAGGUUGCUGCUGAAAAUGAGCUUGUCAAAAUUCCGGGUGGUGACGUAGAUUCUUCUGUAAUACAACUCUCUUUGGGAAAUACUUUGACUGCUAAAUCGUCUUUGGAAAAGUGCACUGCAGAUCAGCUUCUGGGAGAAAAACUGUCUCAAGAAGGUGAAACCACACCUGCUAGUGAUGGUGAAACAUGUCACCUGGCAGAAGAAACGGCAUCUUCAUUGAGUUAUGUUCGAUCUGAGCCUACUGCAUCUGCGUCGACAACUGCGGAACCUCUACCUACUGACAAGUUGGAAAAAAAUAUUUCUUUUCAAGAUGAAGUUAAAACUCUCAAUGGUGAUAAAAGAGAAGCUAUCCUCCUAAGUUCGGAAGAGCAAACGAAUGUUAACUCCAAGAUUGAGACAAAUUCUGAGGAACUUCAAGCCAGUAGAACAGAUGAAGUUCCACAUGUGGAUGGAAAAUCUGUUGAUGUUGCAAAUCAGACGGUGAAAGAAGAUGAGGCAAAACAUUCUGUUGAAAUUCAAUCGUCUAUGCUGGAGCCUGAUGAACUGCCAAAUGCUGGACAAAAGGGUCACAGUAGCAUUGACUUGCAGCCAUUGGUUUUAGUUACAAGCAAUGAGAAUGCUAUGUCCCUUGACGAUAAAGAUUAUGAUCCUAUCUCUAAAUCUGCUGAUAUAGAACAAGAUCCUGAAGAAUCUGUUUUUGUUCAAGGUGUUGGUAGGCCUAAAGUUGGUACUGCUGAUACACAGAUGGAGGAUACCAAUGAUGCCAAACUUCUAGUGGGUUGUUCAGUUGAGAGUGAGGAAAAAGAGAAAACUCUUCAAUCCCUCAUACCCGGUGAUGAUGCUGAUACAGAACAAGAUCCUGAAGAAUCUGUUUCGGAUCAAAGGCCUAAAGUUGGUUCUGCUUACACACAGAUGGAGGAUACGGAUGAGGCGAAACUUCUAAUGGGUUGUUCAGUUGAGAGUGAGGAAAAAGAGAAAACUCUUCAAUCCCAUAUACCCGGUGAUGAUGCUGAUACAGAAAAAAAUCCUGAAGAAUCUGUUUCCGUUCAAGGUGUUGAUAGGCCGAAAGUUGGUACUACUGACACACAGAUGGAGGAUACCAAUGAUGCCAAACUUCUAGUGGGUUGUUCAGUUGCGAGUGAGGAGAAAGAGAAAACUCUUCAAUCCCAUAUACCCGGUGAUGAUGCUGAUACAGAACAAAAUCCUGAAGAAUCUGUUUCAGUUCAAGGUGUUAAUAGGCCUAAAGUUGGUAAUGCUAACACACAGAUGGAGGAUACGGAUGAGGCCAAAGUUCUAGUGGGUUGUUCAGUUGAGAGUGAGGAGAAAGAGAAAACUCUUCAAUCCCACAUACCUGGUGAUGAUGCUGAUACAGAACAAAAUCCUGAAGAAUCUGUUUCGAAUUUUGAUAGGCCUAAAGAUGGGACUGCUGACACACAUAUGGAGGAUAUCGAUGAUGCCAAACUUCUAGUGGGUUGUUCAGUUGAGAGUGAGGAGAAAGAGAAAAGUCUUCAAUCCCAUAUGCCCAGUGAUGAUGCUGUUCUCCAUGCGCCUUUUGAGAACACAAAAGACAGUAAAGGAGAUGAUUUACAUGGAGAGUCUCUUGUUUCCUGUCCAACAAUGGAAGUGAUGGAACAGAAGGGGUUUGAAUCAGAGACACAUGCUCGUACAGAUUCAGGUGGUAUUGAUAGGGGAAAUGAGGUAUCAGAAAAUAUGUCUGAUGGCGUCAAAAUGAAUAUUUCAUCUGUGCAGGUCCCGGAUGCAUCACAUGAUUUAAAUGUAUCACAGGAUCAAACAGACAUUCCCCUAGUUGGUGGGAUAGACCCUGAACACGUACAAGAGAAUGUGGAUGUACCUGCAUCACCUCACGGAGCAGCGCCAAACAUUGUGAUUUUCCAGUCUGAGGGACAUCUGUCUCCAAGUAUCUUACCGGACGAUGUGGCAGGACAACUAGAAAGCAUGUCUAAUGACGAAAAAACGAAUAUUUCAUCUGAGCAGGUCCCAGAUGUAUCACAUGAUUUGAAAGUGUCUCAGGAUCAAACUGACAUUCCCCCAGUUGGUGGGAUAGUGCCUGAAAAUUUGCAAGAGAUUGUGGAUGUACCUGCAUCACCUCAUGGAGUAGUGCCAGACGUUGUUGUUUCCCAGUCUGAGGAAAUUCAAUCUCCAAGUAUUUUGCCCGACGAUGUACCAGGACAACCAGACGAUGGCAACUGUGAGAAAAUGGAUACCAUGCAGAACAAUACCUCUAUUGAUAUUGGCAUAACUUCAGGUAAGACAUGUCAGCCUUCAUCUUCUACCCAGCCUGAGGAUGAGAACAGAAAUAGCUUAUCACACUGUGAACCGUCAGAAGUAGUUGAACAAAGGGAUUCAAGAGAUCAAGUUUGCAUAGGGUCUGUGGAAUCUCAAGUAGAGAUCAGCUCUGCUAUACUGGAAAAUAGAUCAGCUGAUAUCCAGCCCCCGCAAUCCAUUUUGGUUGAUCAAAAGGAUAUUGAAGAAUCCAAAGAACCUGGUAUCGAGAGUGCUGAUGUGUCUUUACACCAAUUAGCUGAUAUCCAGGCCGAGCCAUCCAAUUUGGUUGAUCAAAUGGAUAUUGAAGAAUCCAAAGAACCUGGUACCGAGAGUGCUGAUGUGUCUUUACACCAAUUAGCUGAUAUCCAGCCCGGGCCAUCCAUUUUGGUUGAUCAAAUGGAUACUGAAAAAUCCAAAGAACCUGGUACCGAGAGUGCUGAUGUGUCUUUACACCAAUUAGCUGAUAUCCAGCCCGGGCCAUCCAUUUUGGUUGAUCAAAUGGAUACUGAAAAAUCCAAAGAACCUGGUACCGAGAGUGCUGAUGUGUCUUUACACCAAUUAGCUGAUAUCCAGCCCGGGCCAUCCAUUUUGGUUGAUCAAAUGGAUACUGAAGAAUUCAAAAAUCCUGAUGUGUCUUUACACCAAUUAGCUGAUAUUGAGCCCUCACUGUCUAUUUCAGCUGUGCAAAAGAAUAUUGAGGAUAAGGAUCAAAGUCACGUUGAAACUGCUGGAUCUGAGUUAGUUGAUGUCUCUGCCGAAUGUUCAACAGAACCUCAAGUUCAAUUACCGCCAUCUUCAGAGCCAGUGGGAGAUAUGCACGUUCAUUUAGGGGCAAGCAAAUCAGAAAUAGUUGCCGAAGGUACUGACUUCUCUUCAUCUCUCCCGAAGACGGAGGAAGAAAAUGCCAAGAGCCAAUUAGCUGACACCGAGCCAUCAUCGUCUCUUACAGCUGUGCAAAAGAACAUUGAAGAUCAAGUUGAAACUGCUGGAUGUGAAUUUGUUGUUGUCUCUACCGGAUGUUCAACAGAACCACAAGUUCAAUUACCGCCGUCCGCAGAGCCAGUGGUUGCUGAAGGUACAGAAUUCCCUUCUUCCCUCCUAAUGACCGGGGUAGAUAAUUCUUCCCAUCUAAUGACCGGGGUAGAUAAUGCCAAGACCCAUCUCGCUGAUGUUGUGCCUUCAUCGUCACCUACAACUAUGGAAAAGAACAUUGAAGCUCAAGAUCAAGAUCAAGUUACAACUGGUGGAUGUGGUCUAGUUGAUGUCUUGACCGAAUGUUCGUCAGAACCUCAACUUCAACUGCCGCCAUCCGCAGAACCAGUGAUUUCUGAAGGUACAGAACUCGCUACACUCCCAUUGACGGAGGAAGAAAAUGCUGAUAGCCAAUUAGCUAAUAUUGAGCCCUCAUCGUCUCCUUCAGUUGUGGAAAAGAACAUUGAGGCUCAAGAUCAAGAUCAAGUUAAAACUGCUGGAUGUGAGUUAGUCUCGACUGGAUGUUCGUCAGAACCACAAGUUCAUUUACCGCCCUCCGCAGAGCCAGAUGGAGAUAUACACGUUCACUUAAAGGAAACAGAGAAAUCUGAAAGCAUGGUUGUGGUUGGCGAAGGUACAGCAUUCCCUUCAUCUCUCCCAGUGACAGAGGAAGGAAAUGCUGAGAGCCAAUUAGCUGACACUGAGCCCUUUACGUCUCCUACAGUUGUGGAAAAGAACAUUAAGGAUCAAGAACAAGUUGAAACUACUGGAUGUGGGUUAGUUGAUGAUUCUACCGGAUGUUCGUCAGAACCUCAAGUUCAAUUACCGCCAUCCGCAGAGCCAAUGGAAGGUGGAUGUGAUUUAAUUAAUGUCCCUUCCGGAUGUUCAACAGAACCUCAAAUUCAAUUAUCGUCAUCCGCAGAGCCCGAGGAAGGUAUGCACAUUCACUUAGAGGCAGCAAUGAACUCUGAAACGGUGGUUACUGAAGGUUCAGAACUCCCUUCAUCUCUCCCAAUGACGGAGGACGAAAAUGCUGAUGGCCAAUUAGCUGAAGUCGAGCCCUCAGUGUCUCUUACAGUUGAGCAAACUAACAUUGAGGAGAAAGAUCACAUUGAAACUGCCGAAUGUGAGUUAGUUGAUGUCUCUCCCGGAUGUUCAUCACAACCUGAAGUUAAAUUUCCGCCAUCCCCAGAUGCAGUGGGAGGUAUGGACGUUCACUUAGAAACCGUUGUUACUGAAGACACAGAUUCAAAUUCAUCCCUCCCGAAGACGGAGGAAAAAGAUGCCGAGAAUCCAUCAGACAGGCUUGACGGUGAAUCCGAUGGUACAACUGUUGCUACUGUUGAAGGAACUUGUGUUGAGUCGAAUUCAUUGGUCGCCGAAGAGAGCAACAUAGAAGUGCCAAAAGACAAUGAAGAUGUGUAGUUCAUUUCAUCUAAUAUUAAGUUGUAAAACUUUUAAUAUCUAAUAUAACAAACCCAAUGUUGAAGAUGUAUUGACUGCAUCUGACUUAUUUAACUUAUCCUCUCAUUUGGGAAUAUUAAUAGGGCUUAGAAUCAUUUCUGAUCACUCUUUCAUUACUUUAGUCAUGACUUGUUUGCUACUCUCCUCGUCUCCUUAGUGUUCACUAAGAGUGCGGAUUUCAGAUCAGAACAAUGUCGGCACAUGACUGUUUCAAGUUUCAACCCUUCUAUUCCGUCCAUCGGCUCGGCUUUAACUUGAGACAAUGAAAGUGUCUACCAUUUCAGAAGGUG